GUAUGUAUUAUUGAGAUUCAUCGGAUAUUGCCCGGACAAGGUGUCAGCAGUGACACGAUUCCAAAGGGGAUAGGUUGGUAUGUGAUGUGUCAUGCUGUGUAAUCAGAAGUGUUCUUGCUGUGGAACUGGAACUUGAUGAUCCUGGAAAAGAGGCUCAGUCAAGUUCCUGUUGCCAACUGUUCCCAACUGUUCCCAACUGUUCCCAACUGUUCCUAUAGGGAGUUACUCACGCGCAAUCUUCUCCAGCUGGCCCAGGAUCUAUGCGAAUGUCGUCGGAUGCCCCAUCCUACUCCGCCCCGAACAAAGUUACUAACAAACGUUCUAGUUGGUUCAAACCCCAAUAUCGCAUUUUAUGCAUGGCAAUUUCACCAGACCAAUGCCGUUGAAAUAACAAUCGUGAAUAAUGAAUUAAACCCCACAGCCCCAGUCUCAUGGAAAUCUUCUGUAUUUGGGAACUCCCAAUACACACCCCAUCGUAUCUAUAACAGUUUAACCCAAGUCCCCGACAAUAAAUACGACAUAUUUCUAUUAAGUUGCUCAUCCUUGCAAGAUUUCCAAAACGUAUCCAAUGAAAUAGUGCCCUUUAUCGAUCGAGACUCCAUUAUAGUGAUUGAACUGACUGGAUACAUAAACCUUGAGCCAUUUGUAAGUACCAAAGCCCAAGUUUUGUCCAUUAUGAAUGAAAGUGACGUUAAGCGAGUUUCCAAGAAUGUGUAUUCUCAUGAAGUGAGAAACAAAGACACCAGAAUUUAUUUUGGUUCUGCAUUAGGCCUGAAGAGUAUAAGUUCCAAUAUGAACUAUCACCGCAUUUACAAAUUGUUGCAAACAAUACAAGAAGAUUCAAAUAAUCAUAUUUCAUUAUUGAAAUCGUUAACUCCCACAGAAUUCAUGACAUAUCAAUGGAAAUUGGCAUUACCGAGAAUUAUAUUUUCGCCAUUAAUGGUUAUUUUCGAAACCGAGUUCCCCCAAGAUUUACAAACCCAAAUCUUGAGUAAGCCAUUGAUAACCGGAUUGAUCAAUGAGUUAUUUAAACUUAUAAAGAAGAUGAAUUGUAAAUUAGUUAAAGGGUUUGAGAAUGAAUUAAACUUGUUGAAAGGGUUAUCCGAGAGUUACCCUAAAAAGUCCAGUGAUAAGUUUGUGAAUUCACCAAGCUUGGUGUAUAAUUACUACAAUCAUUAUGACUUGGAGCUAGAUUUGUUAUUAUUGCAACCGAUUUUAUUAAGCGACGAUCACAAAUUGAAAUCCCCAUAUUUGGAAAACUUGUAUUCAAUAAUGUGUCAAUAUCAUAAAAUCAACUCCAAUGAUUCGAUAUUCUUUGUCAGGAAAGAUUCUGCCAAGUUUGACCAAUAUCUUUCUCUUGAUGAAGAUUUAAAACAAAAGACAUAUCAAUUAAGCCAAUUAGAAGGAUCGAUUAAAGAAUUGGAAAGAAACAAGAUCAAUUUAGAUAAUGAUAUCAUCAAGCAAGAACAUAGUUUGAAAACACUUAAACAACAAACUAUCGAGAAUGAAUCAAAAUUAUCUACAGUUCAAUAUGAAUUUGAUAAAAAAUUACAAAUUUUACAGAUUGACUAUGACAAGAAGUUGAAACAAUUGAAUGAAAAGUAUCAGAAAGCCCAAUCUUCUACUUCUUCAGAUGUUUCUAUACCCUUGCAACAACCAACUCCAGGAACAGAUGACCAUCUGACAAAUAGAGAUUCGGUAGUGACCAAUAAUUUAACCGAUUUAGCCGAUAUUGUACAAUAUGGAAUGGCAUUAAACGGAGAGCAUCAACCAUCGGAAGUGCCACAAACCAUUCCUGGUGACGCUGUAGCUGCUCCGAGAAAUGUCUCCCCAGAUCGCUAUGUCGAUGCCCCAAGUGUAUCAUUACCACCUCACGUAGUACAAAAGGAGCUUGAAUUACAAAGAAGAGAACAAGCAUUAGCUAUGAGAGAACAACAGCAGCAGCAACAACAACAACCACAUUACCCCCAACAGCCAUAUUAUGACCAACAAUAUUAUGCACCUGGACCUACCCAUGGCCCUGGCCCUAUGCCUGGAUCGGUUCCACCAGCACCACACCAACAAAGAUCUUAUUAUCAACAACCUCCACAUGGCUUACCACCAAAUGGUAUGUCUGUCACCUCGUUGCCAUUGAAACAGGGAUAUCCUCCAAAUAAGCAGUCAUACCCUAUGGCUCCCGGUGCAGGAUCCAUGAAUGGAUACCACCAUCCACCACCACCCCAGCCUAGACGUGUAAGUUCAAGCACCAACACCGCAUACUAUGAUCAUCCACAACAAUACCCACCUUAUCAACAACCUCCACCACCACAACCACAACAACAACCAGCACCACCAAGUGGCUAUGACAAUGGUGCUCCGAUUGAUCCAUACCUUGAACAUAGAUUUAAGCAAAACCCCAAGAAACAAAAUCGAAGAUCAAACAUGGGGUUGAAUAUGGAGGGAAUUGAUAUGGGUGGCAGAGGUGGCAUGCCCGGUGCUGCUCCAACUGCGCGAAAGUCAUUCAGUAGUCAGCAAUUGAAUUCUCCUACAAGCAUGACAAAACGAUCAACCACGACCAUGAACUUGUCCACUACUCACCCUAACGGGUCUUAUUCGCAAUCAUCAAGCGAUGGGAACAAUCCUCAUCACCAUCAUGGCUCGCAAAAUUAUUCCCAGUCUUCAUCAAGUGGUACUUCUAAUGGAAGUAAUGACAAUAUUCCCACUUCUCCCUCAAUUAACGAUUUGAAUGCAAAGCCCUUAGGGGGCAUUUCGCAGUCAAAUAUGCCUGGAGGGGAUAAACUUAAGAAGAAAAAGAAGGGAAUCUUUGGACGAUAAUUAAUGACACCUUCUCUAUUUAUUUUUGUUUCUUGUAUAUUUUAUAGAAGGAUUAAUAAAGACAACUUACCUGUUAA